GCGUGAGGAGACUCGGCGGCUGGAGCCGUCACCCCGGGCGGGGACCCUGCGCAGGCGACUACGCGCGGCGGCCCGGCCGAGGGAGGGAGCGAGCGAGCGGGCGGGCGGCGGCGGCGGCGGCGGCGGCUGGCGCCCGAGGGGCCGAGCGAGGUUUCAAACCAUGGCUGUGUGGAUACAAGCCCAGCAGCUCCAAGGCGAUGCCCUUCAUCAGAUGCAAGCAUUAUAUGGUCAACAUUUCCCCAUUGAGGUGCGACAUUAUUUAUCCCAGUGGAUUGAAAGCCAAGCUUGGGACUCAAUAGAUCUUGAUAAUCCACAGGAGAACAUUAAGGCCACCCAGCUCCUGGAGGGCCUGGUGCAGGAGCUGCAGAAGAAGGCGGAGCACCAAGUGGGGGAAGAUGGGUUCUUACUGAAGAUCAAGCUGGGGCACUAUGCCACGCAGCUCCAGAACACAUAUGACCGCUGCCCCAUGGAGCUGGUCCGCUGCAUCCGGCAUAUUCUGUACAACGAGCAGAGGCUGGUCCGCGAAGCCAACAAUGGUACUUCUCCAGUUGGAAGUCUUGCUGACACCAUGUCCCAGAAACACCUCCAGAUCAACCAGACGUUUGAGGAGCUGCGACUGGUCACACAGGACACAGAGAAUGAGCUGAAGAAGCUGCAGCAGACUCAAGAGUACUUCAUCAUCCAGUAUCAAGAGAGCCUGAGGAUCCAGGCUCAGUUUGCCCAGCUGGCCCAGCUGAAUCCGCAGGAGCGCCUGAGCCGGGAGACGGCCCUCCAGCAGAAGCAGGUGUCCCUGGAGGCCUGGCUGCAGCGGGAGGCCCAGACGCUGCAGCAGUACCGUGUGGAGCUGGCCGAGAAGCACCAGAAGACCUUGCAGCUGCUGCGGAAGCAGCAGACCAUCAUUCUGGAUGAUGAACUGAUCCAGUGGAAGCGGCGGCAGCAGCUGGCGGGGAAUGGAGGGCCCCCCGAGGGCAGCCUGGAUGUGCUGCAGUCCUGGUGCGAGAAGUUGGCCGAGAUCAUCUGGCAGAACCGGCAGCAGAUCCGCAGAGCUGAGCACCUCUGCCAGCAGCUGCCCAUCCCUGGCCCAGUGGAGGAGAUGCUAGCUGAGGUCAAUGCCACCAUCACAGACAUCAUCUCAGCCCUGGUGACCAGCACAUUCAUCAUCGAGAAGCAGCCCCCUCAGGUCCUGAAGACCCAGACCAAGUUUGCAGCGACGGUGCGCCUGCUGGUGGGCGGGAAGCUGAACGUGCACAUGAACCCCCCCCAGGUGAAGGCCACCAUCAUCAGUGAGCAGCAGGCCAAGUCACUGCUCAAGAAUGAGAACACCCGCAACGACUACAGUGGAGAGAUCCUGAACAACUGCUGUGUGAUGGAAUACCACCAAGCCACCGGCACCCUGAGCGCGCACUUCAGGAACAUGUCCCUGAAGCGAAUUAAGAGGUCUGACCGUCGUGGAGCAGAGUCAGUGACUGAAGAAAAAUUUACAAUCCUGUUCGAAUCACAGUUCAGUGUUGGUGGAAAUGAGCUGGUUUUUCAGGUCAAGACUCUCUCCCUCCCGGUGGUGGUGAUUGUCCAUGGCAGCCAGGACAACAAUGCGACGGCCACUGUUCUUUGGGACAAUGCUUUUGCAGAGCCUGGCAGGGUGCCAUUUGCCGUGCCCGACAAAGUGCUGUGGCCGCAGCUGUGUGAGGCGCUCAACAUGAAAUUCAAGGCCGAAGUGCAGAGCAACCGGGGCCUGACCAAGGAGAACCUCGUGUUCCUGGCACAGAAACUGUUCAACAGCAGCAGCAGCCACCUUGAAGACUAUAAUGGCAUGUCCGUGUCCUGGUCCCAGUUCAACAGGGAGAAUUUGCCAGGACGAAAUUACACUUUCUGGCAGUGGUUUGAUGGUGUGAUGGAAGUGUUAAAAAAACAUCUCAAGCCUCAUUGGAAUGAUGGGGCCAUUUUGGGUUUCGUGAACAAGCAACAGGCCCAUGACCUACUUAUUAACAAGCCUGAUGGGACCUUCUUGCUGAGAUUCAGCGACUCUGAAAUCGGUGGCAUCACCAUUGCUUGGAAGUUUGAUUCUCAGGAAAGGAUGUUUUGGAAUCUGAUGCCUUUUACCACCAGAGACUUCUCCAUCCGGUCCCUGGCUGACCGCUUAGGGGACCUGAAUUACCUUAUCUACGUGUUUCCUGAUCGGCCAAAAGAUGAAGUGUACUCCAAAUACUACACACCAGUCCCAUGCGAGCCUGCCACUGCUAAAGCGGUGGACGGAUACGUGAAGCCACAGAUCAAGCAAGUGGUCCCUGAGUUUGUGAAUGCGUCUGCAGACUCUGCCGGGGCCAGCGCCACCUACAUGGACCAGGCCCCCUCCCCAGCCGUGUGCCCCCAGGCUCAUUAUAACAUGUACCCACAGAACCCUGACCCCGUCCUUGACAAUGAUGGGGACUUUGAUCUGGAUGACACAAUGGAUGUGGCGCGGCGUGUGGAAGAGCUCUUGGGCCGACCUAUGGACAGUCAGUGGAUCCCUCACGCGCAGUCAUGACGCCCCCAUCUCCAUCUUUAGCUUCUUCGUCCUCGCCAGAGGAGUUACUCUUGUGGAUGUUUUAAUUCCAUGAAUCGCUUCUCUUUGGAAACAAUACUCAUAAUGUGAAGUGUUAAUACUAGUUGUGACUUUAGUGUUUCUGUGCAUGGUGGCACCAGUGAAGGGAACGUGUGUGAGUGUGUGAGUGUGAGGGUGUGUGGGUGUGUGUGUGUGUGAGUUUUCACAUUGGGCUGUUUCUCCCCCUUGCUGUCCAGAGUUUAGUUGCAGCACUGGGGCCAUAAACAGUGGCUGUGGUUGUUUUAACCUUGUGUAAAAGGCAGUAGUUCCAUGAACCCUGGAACUUGGCCAUGUGUUCAGAGGGUGGCUGAACUUUGACAUGUGGCUGUUCAAGUCAGAGAAGGACAAAGGGAGGAGAAAGCACCUCUCCUGUGAGAUUUGUCACUGUGUCUGCCAAGCAAUUGAUAUAUAACCGUGAUUGUCUCUGCUUUCCUCUGAAAUGUACAAAUUGCCUUUUGAAAAAGAAAGCCAUCCUCCCUCCUUCCCUCUCCCUGACUCCCGUUUUCCUGGGUAGGGAUGGGAAAAAGCGGGGACAUACAGUGAUUGCUGGGGCAAGGGAAGUCACGGGUUGUCUGACGGGUAGUUGCUUUUUAAGUAACACUGAACCCAUGUUUUCUCAUUCCCUCUCCUUCCAUCCACUGUGUGAAUUGCCCCUCAGUUCUGUGUGUGUGCACGUGUGCAGACACGUUUGAUGAACCAGAGAAAAGAAAAGAGGGUCACAUAACCGCAGCUUACAGUGCUGAUGUCCUUUGUGUCGCAGCCAGAGUGGAAGGCCAGGCCGUGACCCACAGGCGCUGAGAAAGCUGCCUUGCCACCCGGGGCAGCUGCCCUCUGGUCUGCCCGUCCUUCUGCCCGAGCGCGGCUACCCCGCGGCUUACUGAUGGUGGCCACUAGCACAGGCUGACUGGUGUUUUGUUUCUAAAUCGGGACUUCUUGUUUUGCUCUUCCCACCCUGAUCUGAUAUCACAGCCCUUUCUUCCUGUGGCAGGUCCUGUGCCAUUCACACCCAGGUCACCUCGAUUCCCUUCACUGUCCACACGGGCCAUCUCAGGGAGGGGCCAGUGGGGGUGCAGUUCGAACCCAGGGCCAGCGUGCUCAGCGACGUUGUUGCCCACUUGGUACGGGCCACUGGGGGUCAGCGUUGGUAAUCUGGGGCAACACAGUCAGUGGGUUUCCUAGGAAGUUUGGUAAGCUGCAGAAACCAAACAAAACAGCUUCAGUACAACGUCCACGAUUUCUUCCGUAGCUUUACCCCAGAAGGAAGGAACGGUCUAUCGCAUUCAGGUGGGAAGAGGGGGAAGCAGGUAUAGCUUUCCGGGUAGGCCUAAAGGUCACUCACCCCCGGCCCCCUUCUCCAAAAGAAGGAAUGACCACACCAGGAGAGAAUGGCCCUAAAAACCUUAUUUUUAUACAUGUGAGUAAAUAAACAUAUUUUUUUUACAAAAAUGACUUCUGAAUUUAUCAGUGUUUUGAUGUUAAAGGAAAAUAUUCCUCUGUAGUAAAUUAUUUAUUGGAAGAUGACUUUUUAAAAGCUGCUGUUUGCCCUGGCUUGGUUUCAUACACUGAUUUAUUUUUCUAUGCCAGGCAGUAGAAUCUCUCUGCCUCUGAGGAGCAGGCCGACCCUUCCAUGAUACCAGCAGUGACAUAGGAUGUCGCUAAGCCCUUUACAUACCCCUCAAGAUUUGAUUAAAAUUCCACCCAUGAGGAUGAGUGUUGGGGAAGCGGGAGGAGGAGGCCUGACCGCUCUCGGACCCAGUCAUAAAGAGCCCUUCCCUGCCUGCCCAUUGGACUUCACCAGCACCGGCCCCUGAGUGUCCUGAGUGCCCUGAGUGCCCUGAGUGCCGUGGCAGGCCGGCCGGGAGCUCAGCAGCCCCGACGGGGCGGGACUGACACACUUUCACGUUGGCAGGGACCCAGCCCCAGGGUGUGCUGUGGGCAGAGCUUGCCCUUGACGGUUGGCACUGGAGAUUGGGGGGACAGGAGCCAAAGAGCGUGGCUGCCCCGAGCAGAGGGGUCCCAUGCUGGUACGGUCGCUGACCUGUCCUCCGUUUUCCUGAGGCUGCGCUGAUAGAUGGGAGAGAUGUUUGACUGAAAGGUAUGCUCGCUAUCUGCAUUGUGUUUUCUCUUUUCUCCCUGUUCCUGCAAACCACAAAAGAGGCAGUGGCAAGUCUUGACCUCCUCUGCCUCUCACUCGCCCCCAGACACGCACACACAUAAGUCAUCAAAUGUUUCAAUGUGUGGUAUGUGCCGGGUUUUUGUAGGGGGGUGGGGAGACUAAAAGUGAAUAGAACUUAAAGUGGAAGUAUACUUUUUAUAAUUUUUCUUUUUAAAACUUUGUGAAAUUAUUUCAGAUACAUAUUUUAGUGUUGAGGCAGAUUAGUAUGUAGCCACCAAAAAAGUAUUGUGUACAAUCUGGGGCAGUCACAAAAUUGUGUAUUUUAUGUUACAAUAAAGGCUUCCUCUGAAGGGAC